AGUAUUUUUCAGUAUACCAAAAUGUUUGUCUUUUCUUGGAAUUCUAAUAUUACAAUUCUAAUUACAUAGGUUUAAUAAAAAAGCCUGAAAACAUUGAAAAGAUGAGUUUGAACUGGCAUGUUUUUUCUUGGAUGUUUCCUAAAAAUACUUAAUGUUUGCUGUGUGUAGACAUUUGACGGUAUUUCCUACUUUUUAUCAAGAUCUUUGGAUGUCUGCAGUGAUGGAAUUGGGAACUUACUCUGUUGUUGGAGGCUAAAGACAUGAUAGAGAAUUAAGUCACUUCCAGUUUUUAGUCAAUCUGCAUUAGAUGCAAAUAAUUGCAUGGUUUUAAUUACAAGACUUUAGUAAUGGUAUGACACGCUUUGCUACCACAUUCAUAUAGUUAGGCCUCUCUGUGUAAAGUUGGGCCUUUAUACAUCUCUGCCUGUUCCAAGUAAUGUACAUUUCUAGUAUCUGCACAGAACCUGACUAUUGAGGUGAUUGAUUUUAUUAAAAAAUAAAAAAAACAAAACAAACCAAUCUCUAUCCUCUGGAGAUGCAGGGUUUCAGCGAGAGAGGUAACUGAAAAUAUAUUCUAAGAUUUUUUUUUAACUUUCUUACAGGAUGUUCAUUUUAAAGAUUCUGUGAAGAUGAAAAGGGGUAUCUUAUGGUUUUACAGAAUAUAAAGCAAUAUUGUCUGACAUGACGGCAAAAAAUGUUGGUGUGACUUCCACAAAUGGAGACUUGAAAGGAUUUAUAGAUCAAAACCAGAGUCCAACAAAAGGUAAUAUUUCAAUAAUCACAUUACCAGUUUCCAGCACCAACUCCCCAACUAAGAUUUUGCCAAAAACCUUAGGACCAAUCAAUGUGAAUGUUGGACCCCAAAUGAUCAUAAGCACACCACAAAGACUGACCAGCUCAGGGAGUGUUCUGAUUGGGAGUCCGUAUAACCCAGCUUCAACAAUGGUCACACAGACACACAUAACAGAAGCUGCUGGCUGGGUCCCAGGGGACAGAAAGCGGACUCGAGAAUUUAUAGAAUCAGAUUUUUCAGAAAGUAAGAGAAGCAAAAAAGGAGAUAAAAAUGGGAAGGGUCUGAGGCAUUUUUCAAUGAAAGUAUGUGAAAAAGUUCAACGUAAAGGAACAACUUCUUACAAUGAAGUCGCUGAUGAGCUGGUAUCGGAAUUCACAAAUUCUAACAGCCACCUAGCUACAGAUUCGCAGGCUUAUGAUCAGAAAAAUAUUAGACGGAGAGUUUAUGAUGCCCUUAAUGUCCUGAUGGCAAUGAACAUAAUUUCAAAGGAGAAGAAGGAAAUCAGAUGGAUCGGCCUCCCUACAAACUCAGCUCAGGAAUGUCAGAAUCUAGAGAUAGAAAAACAGAAGCGGAUUGAAAGGAUAAAACAAAAGCGAGCCCAACUACAAGAACUGCUGCUGCAGCAAAUAGCAUUCAAAAACUUGGUGCAAAGAAAUCAGCAAAAUGAACAACAGAAUCAAGGCCCUCCAGCUUUGAACUCAACAAUACAGCUCCCUUUCUUAAUAGUCAACACUAGCAAAAGGACAGUUAUAGACUGCAGCAUAUCAAGUGAUAAAUUUGAAUACCUCUUCAAUUUCGAUAACACUUUUGAGAUUCAUGACGACAGCGAGGUGCUGAAGAGAAUGGGAAUGUCCUUUGGGCUUGAGGCUGGCAAAUGUUCGGCUGAGGACCUCAGAACUGCAAAAUCACUGGUGCCAAAAGCUUUAGAAGGCUACAUCACAGAUAUGUCAGCAGGAUUUUCAUGGAUAAACCAAGGGUUACUUUCAAGUUCAGCACAAGCAGUUUCACAUUUAGAGGUAGCAGGAGGCACUUCUGAUGCUAAAUCAAGUGAGAAUCCAGGGUUGUGUUUGGAUGCUGAAGUGGCCUUAGCAACCGGGCAGUUUCUCGCCCCUAGCAGUCAACAGUCCAGCAGUGCAACAUCGCGCUACUCUGAAUCACGGGGAGAAACUCCAUGCUCAUUCAAUGAUGAAGAUGAAGAGGAUGAAGAUGAGGAUUCUUCCUCCCCAGAAUAAGGACAGUAGAAAAUAGAAUAUACAAAAUGCUGCUCAUAAAUAUUCUUAAUAGGAGCUCCUGUUUGGAUUUUACUUCAAGUUUCUUGCCUUGGUUUGCACUGUGUUCAGUGAAGCAAAAUGGAAGCUUCAAAACCAGUUCAUCCACAGCUGAAAUUUAAAACUUUUAGUAACUGAACACAGAGCGACAUGCGGACACAGAGCAAAGUGGGUUUUAUCAACUGUAACCAAGGAAAAGAACAAAGUCCCUGGAGAUCUGGCAAAGUAAACAUCAAAUUCACAUUUUCCACUCUGGGACAUUCUGUCUCAAGUCUCUGUCUUCCCCCUGUCUUUACCAGAUGGAGAAGAAAAGAGUCAACAAAUGCCAGUUCUUGCCUUGUCUUUGGCUGUGCUACCUUUAGAAAAAGGGGGAGAGAGAGCACGCGUAAAUGUGCUAAAAUAGCUAUUUAAAACUAUCUUAUAUGAAAAUUGUUCUAGGGAAAAGGGGCUGUUAGAGUGUUUGCUUUUUUCUGUUCGACUUGCUGUAUAGAAGAUUCUUAAAAGUAAUAUAAAUCACAAGUGAUUAAAGGAAUCUUGAAAUAGUUUAAAUCCAAUUUAGGUACUUUAACAAUAAUAUGUCUCUUUUGAAAGGUUCAUAUGUUCAUUUAUACUGCAGACCUAAUUUAUUAUAAAUAAGUGAUUAUUCUUAGCCAUGAUUAAACAGUCAGGAUAAAAACAGCAGUAUUCUCUGCACCAGCUUUUUUCAAGGAAGUUUAAAAAUUGUAUUUCUAGAUUAUAGUGUAUCCAGUAUAGCUUCUCCUUUACUGUUCUAACUUUAUAAUUCCUUUGAUUUUAUAGCAUGUGUUGAAUUUUUUUUUUUAAAAAAAAAAGGCUUCUCUGUUAAGGAUCUCAGGCAGCAUGUUUUUAAGGCAGUAUUUUCAAAUUCAGGGUGGGCAGGUCACAUAACUUUUAAGUCAGAGGUUGAGGUUCUUAGGAAAAAAAAUAAAUUUCAACAAUAUUUCAUGUUUUACAUUCUACUCAGCUUGGCUUAUGAUAGACUGACUUUCUGAAAAUGAAUUUGUUGCAGUCACCUUGAUGCACCUUUGAAAAACAGUAGUAUUGAACCACUACUUAAAACAGUUUGUGGCUAAAAUUACACAAUAUGAAUCCCAUUUGAGCUGUUAAAUCAGACUUGCAACAGGAGGCUCUGUGUUCUAUAGUUAACAUCGCAUCCAAUCAUAAAGACCUUUUUAAAAGAAAAACUUGAAUAACAGAGCAAAAUACACUGUAGAGGUACUCUUCCCAUGGUGUUCUAACAUUCAGUACGUUAAUUAGUCUCAAAGUUAACUAUUUUUAAUUCGGUAAAACCAGUUUAAAAUAGUGUUACUUCUUUUUAGUUUUUAUACUGUAUGUAAAUAGUCGACCUGUUUCUAAGUACCAGUAUAUUAGCUGUCAGAGCUCAACCCACAUUGGCUCUGUUCUUUAGUUAGGCAAUAAGGCGGCUUGUAAUGCUGUCAUCUGCUUGAGCAAAGGCAGCAAACUGCGUCCCUUGACUGCUGUGACCAUUGCUCCAGCACAGCGUGGGGUAUGUCCACACAAUCUUUUACAGACAAGCCUGCACUCAAGCUGACAAGAUGCAAAAGCACCAAGCCUGAGGCAGUGAGAUAAACUGAGGCUCCAGCUAAAAAGCUACCUGGCUGUUGUACAGGAGUUAGCAGACCACUAGCUACCCACAGGACAGGUAAAACCACAAGGAGCAUACAAGCACACCUGCAUAUUGCAUUAGAAAUUUAGAAACUUUUCACAGAUAGUUGGAACUCCUGCAUUUGAGGUACAGUUAGGGCGGCACCAUUAUUUAGGUAUAGCUCUACUUGCUCAGUCAAGAGCUAUCCAGCUUACACAAAUGAGUUGCAAAUAAACAAAUUACAAUAAUUUAUACAUGCCUACCAUGUUAUUCACCCUCUGGGCAAGACUGUUAAUAUCUUCUGUCCUGUGCUCAUGGCUCACAGGCAACAGCAGACUGAGGGAUUUACACCACCUCACUUCAACCAAAUCUGUAACACUACCUCUACAUGAAGAAAAGCUUUAUAAAUACAAAAUUAUAUUCUUGCUGAGCAAGUCAAUACUUGACUGAAGUGGCUCACUUUUGAAAUAAGGAGGAGAAGGUAACACACUCCAGGCAUAUUAUGACGGACUUGUCAGCUUCACAAAUGACGUUUCAUUUAAGCAGAUAAUUGCUUUUAUUGUUAAAAACUCAUUGUUUUUUUCAAAAGCUGUCUGUCAGUCAGCUGUCAUUGGAGAGGGCAGAUCAAAGAUACCCAAUACGUGCAGGAUCCUAAGGAACUCUUCAAGAGGGGCACGUUUUCUAAAUUUACCAUUCUCUCCUCCUCAAUACAUUAGAGGCACAUUCAACUUUACACUUUCUUCACAUUACUCAAGAUCUGUGUAAAAAGAAAAACCAGCAAAACACUGAACUCCUAAAGAGGAGCACUUUGAACUAUAAGAACCUGACAAAAACACCUCCUGCCCAGAAAUUGAAUGCAUUUUAUUAGCAGUCAGUGUGCUUGCUGCUUUACAGGAGGAAGAUCUCCAGUGCUAUCUUCCUUCCAUUGAUGUCCAUGUCCUUCAAAGCAGCAGACGGCACAACGUCUUGCUUUCUGGUAAACUUCAAGCUAUCAACUUAAAAAAAAAAAGUCCAGGAGCACAUAACAUUUUAGACAGUUGAACCAAGACUUUAGAAGUUAUUUUUCCUGAACUAGUUGAAUACAAAGGACAAAACAAGUUAGAACAUUUAGAAAAAACUUCAAAAGGAAAUUCUUUCCUUGGGCUUCUUUGUGCCAAGUUCCAGUUGAGGAUGAAGUUCAACUAAAGCACUGCGGUCCUGUGGUUUACGCUAAAGUCUGGGAACUAGGAGAAUUUUGGGCCUUAUCCAGCCAUAGUCACUCAUGUAUGAUCUCAGACAAGCCUUUCAAUCAUUCUUGUUGAUCUUAGCUGACAUAUGUAAAAAAAACCACCAAAACACCAAAAAAACCCCCACAAAACAGGUAAAUACAGGACCACACAAAAUGCAGCUGUUGCAUCUGAAUUGAGCUCUGACUAAUUAUGAGUAACAAAGGGACUGAGAAUAUUAAGCAACUGCACAGCUCCCACUAAGCUAAUGGCAGUAGUUGUGCUCAGUUGCUUCAACAUGCAGGCCUUCCCCCCCCCCGCCCUCUGAACACCAGCAGCAGAUAGAUACUUUCCAGAAUAAAAUCAUCAUUAGCAAGACUGGUUUUCCCAUUUUUCUAUUCAGUUACCAUCAUCCUCCCCCGUCUUGUGCAAUACCCUUGACAUUCAUUGGAGGAAAAAAGUAGCAACUGGUACUAGAUGGUACCGCUUAUAAGACAAAGUUAACAUCUAAAUUUUCGUGCAUGACAUGUUUCUUUGUCUAGGAACGCUAUUUCUUGGUUAUACAGUCAGAAGGCACUUGGCUGCAAGCAAUGUAAUGCUGUGUAUCAAUACUUUUAUAUAUAUAUUGCAGUAAACAGCUUUAUUUCUGGACUUCAUGAUGCUUGAAAAAUCUAAAUUUGACUUACUUAGGAAAACUUGUCAGCACCACAAACUAGAUGAAAAAAUAUCAGUGGGAGAGAGCAUUUUUCUAUUAUGUGGAAUCUACUUGUGGAUUUUGUUUUUUAGAAUUGUAUUAAGGUGUGCCAGUCUUCUCAUUUCAAACUGGACUUAAUGGCAACAACCCACCUAGUUGAAGAAAGUGUGUAUAUUUAAGGGAAGUCUAAAGCAAAUGAUACCAGUUUAACUGAAGGUAUGAUUUUAACUAACUUCCUUAAACCUAGUACAAGCCACACUGUAGGCACUUCCAUUUUGGUUAAAGGUUUUGUUUAGUUUUUUUAAACUAUAACUUGCAAAUACUCAUAAUUCUUUUGAGCUGCUGGCAAUUGCCGAGUACACAGAAUACCCACAGAACGACUUGUGCUGAUCAACUAAGUCAGCCUAAAGUAACAUUGUAAAAAGGCCUAAUAACCUAUUUCUAAUUCUUUUUUUU